AUGCCCCCCACGUCCUCCCUCGACCAACUCCGCGCCCACACCACCAUCGUCGCCGACACGGGCGACUUCGCCGCCCUCUCCGCCUACGCCUCCACCGACGCCACAACCAACCCCUCGCACAUCCUCACCGCCCUCCGCCUCCCGCAAUCCGCGCACCUCCUCCGCGCCGCCGUCGCCCACGCCCGCGCCGCCCACCCCUCGCCGUCCUCUUCACCCUCCUCCGCCACCCCCGCGCAAAUCGACGCCGCCCUCCUCCACCUCCUCGUCUCCUUCGGCUGCGAGAUCCUCGCGCACGUCCCCGGCCGCGUCUCGACCGAAGUCGACCCCGCCCACGCCUUCUCCGCCGCCGCGACCAUCGCCUACGCGCGGCGCCUGAUCGCCGCGUACGAGGCGCGCGGCGUGGGGCGCGCGCGGGUGCUGGUCAAGGUGCCGGGGACGUGGGAGGGGUUCGCGGCGUGCGAGGCGCUCGAGCGCGAGGGCAUCGCCUGCAACGUGACGCUCGUGUUUGGAUUGCAUCCGCAGGGCGUGCGCGCGGCCGAGGUGCGCGCGACGCUGGUGUCGCCGUUUGUGGGGCGCACGCUCGAUUGGUGGCAUGCGAAGAGGCCGGGGGUGGAUUACUCGGGUGCGAAGGAUCCUGGGGUCGUGAUGUGUAGGCGGUUGUGGGAGUGGUAUAGGGCGCGCGGGGUGGAGACGGAGGUGAUGGGGGCGAGCAUGCGGAGUGUGGAGGAGUGUAGGGAGCUGUGCGGGUUGGAUCUGAUGACGAUGAAUGUGGGGUUGUUGCAGGAGUUGAAGGAGGCGGAGGUGGAGAUGAAGCCGGUGUUGGUGAGGGAGAAGGUUGCGAAGGUGGAUGGGUCGGUGGAGGACAAGUCGUACGCCAACGAUGAGGCGGCGUUCAGGAUGGAUCUUUUCAAUGAUCAUGCGGCGCAUGAUAAGAUGACGGACAUGAUGCGGCAGUUUUUGAGGGAUGCUGAGGCUACGAAAGCAGCUUUGAAGGAACUGCUGGAGGCCGCGUAG